AUGGUAUUUUUUGGCUACAUGGUGGCUAGUGUAACAUUUGGGAUGCUUGCAGAUAAAUUUGGUCGUUGUAAGGUUUUAUGCAUCUCUUUUGCAUGGGGAGCCUAUUUCUCUUUGCUGACAUCGUUUGCUCCUUCGUACAUCUGGUUUGUCUUUCUCCGAGCCCUCGUAGGAUGUGGCGUAGCAGGUCAUUCACAAGGGCUUAUAAUAAAAACAGAAUUUUUACCCACAAAAUACCGUGGUUAUAUUUUGCCUUUAUCACAGGUAUUUUGGUUGUCAGGCUCCUUAUUAAUUAUUGGACUGGCAUCAGUUGUUAACUCAACUCUUGGGUGGCGGUGGCUGAUCCGAAUUGCUUCUAUUCCUGGCAUUCUACUUCUCCUUGCAUUUAAGUUUAUCCCAGAGUCUGCUCGAUAUAACGUAUCUUCUGGAAAUGAUAAAGCAGCCCUUGCUACUCUCAAAUGGAUUGCUAAAAUGAACCAUUCUGUUAUCCCUGAAGGAAAGUUGGUAGAAACUGUUGAAGAAAAACGAGGUAGAUUCAAAGACCUAUUUGAUCCCAAAUACUUACGGACAUCUUUGCAAAUAUGGAUUAUAUGGCUUGGAAUUUCUUUUGCUUAUUAUGGUGUCAUCCUGGCCAGUGCAGAAUUACUGGAGAAGGAUCUAGUUUGUUCAAGAGGAGGAGGAUCAGCUGUAGAGGCAGAGCUAGGCCAUACUCAGGAGGAGUUUCAGAGCCCUUGUCUUUGCCAUACCUUUGCACCAUCUGAUUACCAGAUCAUGUUCAUCAGCACAGUAGGAGAAAUUGCAUUAAAUCCCUUAAAUAUUCUUGGCAUCAAUUUCCUGGGAAGACGAGUGAGCUUGACAAUAACAAUGGGAUGCACUGCUGUUUUCUUUCUUCUCCUCAAUAUAUGCACCACAAUUACUGGUCUUAUUGGUUUCCUCUUUAUGCUGCGGGCUUUUGUGGCUGCAAAUUUCAAUACUAUCUAUAUUUACACAGCGGAGGUUUAUCCUACCACCAUGAGAGCCAUGGGAUUAGGGACCAGUGGCUCCCUAUGCCGUAUAGGUGCUAUGGUAGCACCUUUUAUAGCACAAGUACUUAUGAAUGCUUCUUUCAUGGGGGCACUGUGCCUUUUUGCCUUGGUUUGCAUUGUGUGUGCUAUCUCUGCGUUCACUCUACCAAUAGAGACCAAAGGGAGAUCACUUCAGGUGGGUAAUUCGUCUUGCUUCUGAAUAGAAGGUUCCCCAAAAAACUCCCAAUUCAAUUCCAUUACCAAAUAUAAAGCCCGUGUCAGAUUUAUUUUAGGAAGUGAACUUACUUUAAAAAAAAAGACCCUCACAAAGAACUUCAACUUUUGUAUCUGAAAUGAACUAGGGCAUGAACCCUAAAAACAAAUGGCUAACAACUUGAUACUGAAGAUUCAAAAGCAAAUGCAGAUACAGGCACUUCUCAACUUACAAUCACAAUGGGUCUAAUUGAACUAAGUGAUGCAGUUAUUGAAUCAUAUGCAAUUUUAGAACUUUUUUUUGCCACAGUUGUUUCCCGAUUGUUAAAUGAAUUCCGCUUUCCCCAUUGUCUUUGCUUGCUGGAAGCUGGCAGGGAAGGUCGCAAAUGGCAAUCACAUGAACCUGAGACACUGCAACCACCAUACACGUUGACAAGUGUCUAAAUUUUGACCAAAUGACUGUAAGGUUACUACAAAAAUUAUAAAUGGGGGACCGGUCAUAAGUCACUUUUUUUCAUCACUGUUAUAACUUCAAACAGUGUUAUUUGAAUAGUUGUGAUUUGGGGACUAUCUGUAUGUAACUAUUAGGCAAAUCCAGGUGCUUAUUUGGAUCUCACAUAGCUAGUUUGGAUCUCCUUGUAUAUUCAUAGAAAGGCAUAUUUUUAAGCACCAAGGUGAGUACUAGUAGAGACUUAUAGGCAGUUCUCAAGGUAUGAUAGGGCAUUUAAUGACUAGCAUCAUAUCAGAUAUCCAGAGCUCAGGAAGUCAGACUGGGAAAGCCAGUCCACUGCUGGGCCACGUGGCACAAUCAAGAAAAAAUACUGGCAGUUUUACUUUCUCACCUUCUAUGGGGUUACUAAUGCUGGCAUAAAGCUGGAAAAGCAGAGCAUAGCAGGAAAGCAAAAUGGAAAGGAUUUCUUAUUAGUUGUGCCACAUGGCCCAGCAAUGAAGUGGCCUUCUCUACUCUUGAACUUCCUGAGCUGUGAGUAUUUUCAAAAGAUAAGUGUGCAAUUAUGACAUAGUGGGAUAGGAAUGCCCAUGGGUCAGGAAGCAAAGCUGGGAUAUCUCAGAAGGUGAGAAGCUUUGGGAGGCUCAAUGCAGGUAGCCUGUGCCUGUACUAGGUGCCUCAGUCUUUUCCACCUGAGUCACUGAAUGCUCUACUUAACGACCCACACAUUCAUUUAACAAAUGCAAUGGGGAGAAUAGGGAUGUGGGGGGGGUGAUUAAUGAUGUGGUUCAUUUAAUGUUUAUCUCAACUGUUGAUAGUGAUGGGCAGACUCUGUGAGUGUUGUAACUCAAGGAGUACCUGUAUAUUAUUACAUGUGGAGAAUGGGACCUGUAUUAAUAAAAUAGUACACUAUAUAAGUUACUGUAAAUAUUCUUUUUAAAUUAAGCGGAUGACUACAAUAAAGAGUUACAUUGCCAUCUAUGGACCCUAAUAAUGCAUAUAAACUCUAACCAAGUAAGGGAGUUUCAGGACAGAGAAAAAGAUACAUUGAUGGCCCCAUCUCUACUAUUCUGUAACAGGUUCUAAUGGAAAAACAUAAGCAAGGUUUCUAAUUGGAGGUUCAAUUGUUUCAUGAAGCUCUAAUUCAUCUGAUUGGGCCAAUAUGGCACAUCAACGGAGAUAGGUGUUUGUAACAUUUUGAGAUGGUGACAUCUAAAUUUAAUUUCUAUUCAGUUAAGUCACACACUAAAAGUCUUAAAUCUGAUUCAUCAGAGGACUAGCAACUGAGGUACACUAAUCAUACACCAAGGAGACAGGGUGGCACAGGGAUUAGGAUGCAGUAUUGCAGGCUAACUCUGCUCACAGCCAGUUCAAUCCUGACUGGCUCAAAUUCAAAUCACCUUCUAUCCUUCCAAGGUUGGUAAACUGAGAACCCCAAAUGUCUGGGGACACCAUGGAGCAGUAUAUAAAUCUAACUGCUAUUGCUAUCAUAAUCAAGCUAUCUUGUGAGGAAUGCUACAGAUAUCACCACAAAAAGGUAUCAUGAUGUAAAGUAGCUUAUGAAGAAUGAGAUAUACUGUAUUUUUUGGAGUAUAAGACGCUUGGAAGACACACCUAG